AGCGCCGGAACAAAGGCCCAUAGAGGGGUCCCAGAGAGCAAGGUUCCCCGGGGGCGGGGGCGGACCCCUCCCCACUCAGCUCCUCCCUCUCCCCCCCUUCUUCUACCCGAGGCCCGGCCGGCACGCAGCCCGAGCUGCGCCAAGUUCGCCAACGGUUCCCAAGUUGUCGGCUCGCAGGGGUGGAAGCUGGGUGGGGUGAGGAAGAAGAGGAGGAGGAGGAGGAGGGGGCUCCCGGCGCCUUGGACGCGGUUCAGGAAUUCGCCGCCGCUAGCCGCUCGCCCGCUCGGGCCGGGCGGGGAGGACGCUCGGCAGCCCGGACCCCUCGCUCCCUCGCUGCGCAGGACGGCGCCCGCCUGGCGCCUCUUCUCGCCCGGCGUGCGAACCCGCGGAGCCGGGCCGGGCCGCCUCCUCCGCUCCCCGCCGCCUGCCCCGGGGAGGGCGCAGAGCCGGGCCCGAGGGAGCUGGUUCCGCUGGGACCGGGACAGAGUUGCGAGCGGAUGCUGCCGGCGCCCGACCCCAGCCGCGGAGAGAGGGGUGCGCCCCCGCCGGAGGAGGCUCGGCGGCCGGGGAAUUCAGAAUGAUUAAGCAUCUCACACUGGGCUGAAUGCUUUGGGGAAGACAUUCUUCCGUUCAUCCACAAGGACUGUGGCACACUUGCUGCCUGCCCAGCACACAGACGGGCACUGGGAUACGGUGUGGACUGCCAAGGCAGAGCCGAGAUGACGCUGUCGCCUCCCAGGACACCCAGGUGGCCAGAAUAGGCACAGCUGUGCACCAGUGUCUCCUGUGUUCCGGGCCCAGGGCUAAGGGAUAAUGAAAGACAAACUUCCCGUCCUCCGUGAAGGGAUGGUCAGCACUGAACAAGCUAUUACAAGGGCGGCUGCUUUAUGACAAAGUCUCAGGACGAGGGUGUCCCCCACCUGAAGACAAGGAGCCAGGCCCUGAGUGAUGCCCCGGAGCCGAGUGCCCACGGCCCCACCCUUCCCCAUGGAGAAAGGACUUGCUUUGCCCCAGGACUGCCGGGACUUUCUGCACAGUCUGAGAAUGAGGAGCAAAUAUGCCCUUUUCCUGGCUUUUGUGGUGGUGGUUUUUGUCUUUAUUGAAAAGGAAAAUAAAAUCAUAUCGAGGGUCUCGGACAAGCUGAAGCAGAUCCCCCAGUCCCUGGCAGAUGCCAACAGCACGGACCCAGCCCUGGUCUUGGCCGAGAACGCAUCCCUCUUGUCCCUGAGCGAGCUGGAUUCAGCCUUCACGCAGCUGCAGAGCCGCCUGCGAAACUUCAGUCUGCAGCUGGGCUUGCAGCCAGUGGAGAAGGAGGCCAAGAGGGAGGAGGAGGAGGAGGAGGCGGCGGAGGAGGAACAGGGGGAGCAGCCACCGGGCCCCGCCGAGGCCGGCCGCCGGCGCCACGUGCUCCUCAUGGCCACCACCCGCACCGGCUCCUCUUUCGUGGGUGAGUUCUUCAACCAGCAGGGCAACAUCUUCUACCUCUUCGAGCCGCUGUGGCACAUCGAGCGCACGGUGUCCUUCGAGCCGGGAGGCGCCAGCGCGGCGGGCUCGGCCCUGGUCUACCGGGACGUGCUCAAGCAGCUCUUCCUGUGCGACCUGUACGUGCUGGAGCACUUCAUCAGCCCGCUGCCCGAGGACCACCUGACGCACGGCAUGUUCCGCCGCGGCUCCAGCCGCUCCCUGUGCGAGGACCCGGUAUGCACGCCCUUCGUCAAGAAGGUCUUCGAGAAGUACCACUGCAAGAACCGCCGCUGCGGGCCCCUCAACGUGACGCUGGCCGCCGAGGCCUGCCGCCGCAAGGAGCACAUGGCGCUCAAGGCCGUGCGCAUCCGCCAGCUGGAGUUCCUGCAGCCGCUGGCCGAGGACCCGCGCCUGGACCUGCGCGUCAUCCAGCUGGUGCGCGACCCCCGCGCCGUGCUGGCCUCGCGCAUGGUGGCCUUCGCGGGCAAGUACGAGACCUGGAAGAAGUGGCUGGCCGAGGGGCAGGACCGGCUGCGCGAGGAGGAGGUGCAGCGGCUGCGGGGCAACUGCGAGAGCAUCCGCGUGUCGGCGGAGCUGGGCCUGCGGCAGCCCGCCUGGCUGCGCGGCCGCUACAUGCUCGUGCGCUACGAGGACGUGGCCCGCCGGCCGCUGCAGAAGGCGCGCGACAUGUACCGCUUCGCGGGCAUCCCGCUGACCCCGCAGGUGGAGGACUGGAUCCAGAAGAACACGCAGGCGCCCCGCGACAGCAGCGGCAUCUACUCCACGCAGAAGAACUCCUCGGAGCAGUUCGAGAAGUGGCGCUUCAGCAUGCCCUUCAAGCUGGCGCAGGUGGUGCAGGACGCCUGCGGCCCCGCCAUGCGCCUCUUCGGCUACAAGCUGGCGCGGGACGCCGCCUCGCUCACCAACCGCUCGGUCAGCCUGCUGGAGGAGCGCGGCACCUUCUGGGUCACGUAGGGGGCCUGGGGCCUCCGCACCCUCCUCGUGAAAGUCCCGCCCUGCCUUCCUCAACCCAGGC